AAAAUACUGUGUGAUGUUUUUUCAAAAAUCAGAAGAAAAUAAAUACAAAUAAUUAAACUUGAAAUUUGUUUGAAGAUGGGAGAAUCAGCCAGAGAAGAUGAAAAACUAAAAAUGUCUCCAGAGACAGCAAGAAAAUUGUUUGACAACGGAGGAGCAUUGAUUGUUUUAAAUCUUCCUGUUGGCUCAGUAUUUGGCAUUGACAUGAAAGUAUAUCAAGUUGGAGACAAAUUCAAAGGCCUGAAAAUGAUUCCUCCAGGAUUACAUUUUAUAUAUUAUAGUGCAGUCAGUAAAGAUGGCUGUACUGCUCCAAGAACAGGAUUUUUUCACUUCUUUUCACCAAAAGAAAUUGUUAUAAAAAAGUGGGAUGCAAGUAAUGAAGAUUUGAGCAGCAUUCAAGCAUCUCAAGAAGAGAAAGAUAGAAUUCAAAGCAACUUGAAAGAUUUAGACAAAAAUCUAGGUGCUUAUCCUUACCAAACACUGAAACAAUGGAAAUGCCUCACAUGCAAUAUUUCUGAAUCUUUAAUAAAAAGACUUCAACCAACAUCAGGUGUAAUUAAUUCAGUGACUCAACUGAUCCCUUUGAGUUAUCCAGCAAAAGAAAAUGCAGAGCCGGGCAGUUCUACUGGGAAAAGAUUUAAAAGCCUGGAAGAUAAAUAUUUACCAGAAAUGAAGAAAGUUCCAGGGACAGAAAUUAGAUUCACUGAAAUUCCUGAAAUGAGAUAUCCAGAAGGCAGUUCAGCAGCCGAAAUAACGAAACAUAAUAUGGAUACAACAUAUGUGUUAGAAGAAUUACUGAAAAAGUAUGAAAAUGAUGAUGAUUUACUUGGUGAAUUACAGCUAGCACACAUAUGUUUUUUAAUUGGACAUGUUUAUGAUGCAUUUGAACACUGGAAAAAUUUAGUACAUACUUUAUGUACAGUUGAUUCUGGUUUGAAGAAGCAUAAUGCAUUGCUUACAACAUUGUUAACAAUUCUUCAUUAUCAACUAAAAGAAAUUCCUACAGACUUUUUCGUAGACAUUACAUCUGACAAUAAUUUCCUUUUAAAUACUUUGCAAGUAUUUUUUGCAAACAUUAAAGAAAGCGAUGCAGAUGAAAAAUUCAAAAAGUUUGCUGAUAAUUUUCGAAAAAAUCUCACUUAUACAUAUAAAUGGGACUUUGAGAGAAUUCCAGAUGAUGAACAACCUGUUAUUGUGAAUAUGUAAAUACAUCGUUACAAGUUUUUUAAAUGUUUUAUGUAUAUAAGUUGUUUUUGUAAAUAAAAUGAAUUAAUCACUGGUUAU